AUGGCGGCCCUCAACCACACUUCCUCAACUUUCACCCUUAAUUCCGGCGCGAAGAUGCCAGCCAUAGGGCUCGGAACAUGGAAAUCACCACCGGACCAGGUGCGGACAGCCGUCAGUCACGCUCUUCAAAAAGGCUACCGACACAUAGACACUGCACUCAAUUAUCAGAAUGAAGUUGAGGUUGGACAAGGAAUUCGAGCUUCAGGGGUCCCCAGAAAUGAGAUUUGGGUGACAACUAAGCUAGAUAACCCGUGGCAUCACAGGGUCCGUGAGGGUUUCGACAAAUCCUUGAAGGACCUAGGGAUCGAGUAUAUCGAUCUAUACCUGGUCCACUUUCCAUGCUCAACAGACCCAGAAGAUCCAACGAAGCAUCUCUCAGAUUGGGAUUUCAUCAAGACAUGGCAAGAAAUGCAGAAGCUUCUCAACACAGGAAAAGUCAGGAAUAUCGGUGUAUCCAAUUUCCAGAUCCGUCACCUGGAGAAGCUCCUGUCCGACCCUUCCUGUAAGGUGAUACCUGCAGUGAAUCAAAUAGAACUACACCCAGGCAACCCUUCCCCUAAAUUAAUGGAGUACUGUAAAUCAAAGGGGAUUCACUGCACGGCUUACUCCUGCCUCGGCGGUGCCUCAGACAAUCCGUUGUACAAGGAGCCUGUUCUAUCUCAGAUAGCCCAUGCAACGCGCAGGAGUCCUGCCCAAAUUUUGCUCAUGUGGUCCCUCCAGAGAGGCACCAGCAUCAUUCCUAAGAGUGUCACAUUGGAGAGGAUCGAGGGAAAUUUUCAACUUGACGGGUGGGAAUUGAAUGAGGAUGAGAUGCGGGCUCUGGACGGUAUUAGGACGCGAUUCAAGGUUGUGCAUGAUUCGUGGAUGCCCAUUAAAGUGUUCUUUGGAGAUGAUGAGUAA